UGGUGCUCUCACAGCUUUGAUACUGUGCACUCCGCAUGGACGGAUCUUUAUUGUCCUUUGACCUUUAUUUUUAUUUUUGUAUUUGUGUUCAAAGCGAACAAACAUCACGUGGUUGGUGAAUAGUAAAAAUUGUCGGCACACGUGAAUAAAGUAAAAUUGAUGACCACAAGGUUUUUAACAAUAAAAUGGACCGCAAUGUUAUAUCGAGAAUUGGACCAUCAGUACUAAAUGCGGAUCUUUCUGAAUUGCACAAAGAAUCCCAACGGCUUUUAGAUAAUGGUGCUGAUUAUAUUCACUUAGAUGUUAUGGAUGGCCACUUUGUUCCAAACAUUACCUUUGGUCAUCCUGUUGUCAAGUGUUUACGCAAUAAAAUUAAGGAUGCAUUUUUUGAGACUCAUAUGAUGGUUUCAAAACCUGAACAGUGGAUAGAACCCAUGGCCGAUGCAGGUGUAAAUCAAUAUACAUUCCAUGUCGAACCUGUUGAAGAUGUUUCCUCGAUUUGCAGAAAAGUGAGGGAAGCAGGAAUGAAGGUUGGCGUAGCUUUAAAACCAGGAACUCUUGUGGAUGUAGUAGAGAAAUACGUCGAAGAAGUUGAUAUGAUUCUCGUUAUGACAGUUGAACCAGGAUUUGGUGGACAAAAGUUUAUGGAACCAAUGAUGAAAAAAGUAGAGUGGAUACGAAAAAACUAUCCUACAAUGGACAUUGAAGUUGAUGGAGGAGUUGGACCGAGUAACAUUAACGUUUGCGCGAAGGCUGGAGCAAACAUGAUAGUAGCUGGAACUGCUGUGAUUCAAGCCAAUGAUCAGGCUAAAGUUAUUAAAGUCUUGAGAGAUGCAGUAGAUGACGAACUAGGAAGAAAAUGAAAUUAAAAAUGAAGUAAAUAUUUUUUAUACGAUACUAUAUUAUAUAUAAAACCAAAAGGUAUUUAUAUUUUGAAUACAUGCAAAAGUCUUCAAUUCAGGUAUAAAAUAAUCAAUUCUCAUGUGGUGAGAAUGUAAAAAGUGAUAAUACACGUGGAUCAAUUUCAGAAUUAUUUUAUUCUGAUUUAUUUGUUUGGUUUCAAUAAUCAUUUUAAUGCUGUAAAUCAAAGUUUAUUGAAUAUAUUCUAAAAAGAUAUAUUGGUGGGACAAAGUCAGGUAAAUUUUAUAUUAAUAAAAAUUAUAAUAUUGUAUAAAGUCGCUCUAUACAAAUUCUUAA